CCCUUCUCUCUCGCGCGCUCCUGUCCAUCUCUCUCGAGCUAGCAAAUGAGUCGCGCUUCAACUCGUUCCGUGACUCGGAGCUGGGUUUUACCGACGAACUCCCGCCGUCACAGAAAACCAUUUUCCCCCAUUAAUUUCUCACCAAAAAUCUCAGCUUUCUCUUCUUCUUCUUCUUCGUCAGCACUGCAGACAAUCCCAGACUCUCCCUCCAAAUCAAUCUCCAACCCACUUUACCAUUUUCUCCCCCAAACCCAAAACCCCAACAACACAGUCAAUCUCAUCUGCUCCUCCUUCAAGCAAGGAAAGCCCCAUCUUGCCCUCCUCCAAAACGACAUCAAAGGGCUUCUUCCCCACCUGGGUGCGCGGGAAAUUUCGAGGGUUUUACUCAGGUUUCAAUCCGAUCACUCCUCGGCUACUGCUUUUUUCAAGUGGGUCAAAAAUGAUUUGGGUCUCAGACCCACCACCCAGAAUUACUGCAUUGUUGUUCAUAUUCUUGCGUGCUGUAAAAAGUUCCCGAAAGCCAUGAAUUUGUUGAGGGAGUUGAUAGUGUUGUUGGGCAGAGAUGUUUCACCAAAAGAUGACAUUUUUCGGAGUUUGGUUUCGUGCACCGAAGAUUGCAACUGGGAUCCGGUUGUUUUCGAUAUGCUCAUCAAGGCUUAUGUGAAAGCAGGUAUGAUCAGAGAUGGUUUAAGCACUUUUAGAAAGAUUGUAGAGGUUGGUUUUGUUCCGAGUGUGGUUUCUUGUAAUUGUCUUUUGAAUGGGCUGGUGAAGUUGAAUCGAAUUGAUCAGUGUUGGGAUGUGUAUGAGGAGAUGGGAAGGAUUGGGAUACACCCAAAUGUGUAUACUUUUAAUAUUUUGAUCAAUGUUUUGUGUAAAGAUGGAGAUGUCGAGAAAGUGAAUGCGUUUAUGGAGAAGAUGGAAGAAGAAGGAUUUGAUCCGGAUAUCGUGACGUAUAACACGCUGAUUAGUAGCUAUUGUCGAAAAGGAAGGAUGGAAGAUGCAUUUUAUUUGUAUAAGAUCAUGUAUAGGAGAGGGGUGGUGCCGGAUAUGGUUUCGUACACUGCCUUGAUGAAUGGUCUUUGUAAGCAAGGGAAGGUAAGGGAGGCUCAUCAGAUUUUUCAUCGGAUGGUCGAUAGAGGGUUGGAUCAAGACGCAGUGACGUAUAACACUCUUAUUAGUGGUUAUUGCCGCGAGGGGAAGAUGCAAGAGUGCAGAUUACUGUUGCACGAGAUGAUCAGAAAGGGAAUUUGUCCAGAUGAUUUCACUUGUCGGGUAGUCGUAGAAGGAUAUGGCAAAGAAGGUAAACUGCUCUCUGCUCUGAAUUUGGUCGUGGAGCUUCACAAAUUUCAGAUAUCGAUUUCUCGUGGUAUUUACGAUUAUCUAAUGGUUGCAUUGUGUCGAGAAAAUCAUCCAUUUGCAGCUAAAAGUCUACUAGAAAGAAGUUCCCAGGAUGGUUAUCUUCCUGGUUUGGAUAUCUAUAACAAACUAAUCGAGUCUCUCUGCGAAAGCCACUACGUGAAAGAGGCAUUGCUUUUGAAAGCCGAGAUGGUAUGUAAGAACAUUAAACCCGAUCUUACAACAUACAGAACUCUAAUUUGCUCUCUCUGCCAAACAAACAGAACAGCAGAAGGUGAAUCGCUAAUGAAGGAGAUGGCUGAAUCCGGUUUGGCUCCUGAUCUCGAAAUAUGCCGGGCGUUGAUAAAGGGGUACUGCAACGAAAGAGAUGUCGAUAAAGCGGAAGCUUUGUUAGGGUUCUUUGCCAAAGGAUUCCAAGUUUUUGACAGUGAAAGUUACAAUGCACUUGUCCAAGUUUUGUGUGAGGACGGUGAUAUGGCUAAGUUGUUGGAGUUGCAGGAGAGGAUGAUGAAACUAGGGUUUGCGCCGAACAGCCUUACGUUUAAGCAUGUGAUCCAUGGAUUGUGGAAAACUGCAACGCCGGAUAAAAAAAAACUUCGUGUGUUGUAACUUAGGUUUUCCGAACAGUCGGAUAUGCUCAUACCAUGCCAGGCCUUGCAAAAUGUUCGUCAGAAUGCGUGUCAUGGCAUGCCAAGCCUCGCUCGAUGACAUGUCGGCUACCUAAAAGUUCAGAAGGAUAAUUGGCUAAAAUUAAAGUCGAGAGGAGAAAUUGACAACUCCUUACAAGUUCCAGGGAAAAUCGGCGAAUAUCUCUAUACAUGUAUAGACUUUUCACAGGACAGAUAUAUACAGAAACAGAAACGCAAUGGCAUCGGAAUCCAGUGAGAAUUUAGUAAAAGAAGUGGAGCUAUCAACUUACAUAAAACAGAAAGGGAAAAGAAACCCGAAGUAAUUUUUCUAUGUAACAAUUUAAAUGUUUCAACAGAAACUUUCAACUUUAAUGCUUCUUCUUGUUCCUACACUUAUCUUAAGAAGGAAGACGACCGACGCCGACGGACAUGAUACACCACUCAACUAUCCUCAGGUGGAUGUCAAAAAUUAAGGCAGUUCCCUUUUUUACAGAUCCCAUGCGUACAAUAAUAAACACUGGAAAAAUAAAAAUUUAAACAAUUGCUAAUUUAAACAAGGUUUUCC